AUGUUUGAAAAGCAACUGAAUGAUUUAAAUCAUAAUUAUGAAAACCUGCAGCAGAAUAAAGCACCCUAUUAUGACGAUGUGGCACCUCAGCUGAAGGUUGCUCGUGCACAGGCCUUGUACCAGAGGAAAGAGCUUAGUCCAUGUAUGUCCCUCCCACUGGACAGCGCAGACAUGAAUGAUAUGUAUGCAGUGGUGCAAAAGAGGCCACCAGCUCCAUCAGUCUCCUCUGGGUCUAAAAGUCUACCUACUGCCUUCCAGAACCAGGCGCUAAACUCAUCUCACCACCAGUAUGAUAACGUCAGACCGCGCACAAUGUUUUCUAAGCCUACAGACCAGCUGUACAGCACCGUGGCUAUUAAACCCAACAGGACAUCCACUGUUCCAGCUUUCAGUCCAACCACCACCUUGCCAGUCUCUUCCUCGUAUGCUUUAGCUGGUGCGCCAGGUUCGCCAGAGACUACAUCUAAUGAUUAUAGUCAGUUCAACGUUUCCAGUGCAGUCCUUAAAAAGACGCCAUCAUUCCAUAAUUCGAAGGGAGACAACAGAUGGAGCCAAAAUUCACCAAGUAGUUAUACAAUGUUUUCCAGACCGCCAAGAUGAGUAUGAAGAUGUCACCAACCAAGCAAAAGGCAGACCCCUAAGUGGAGGAAUAGGAUUUAAUUAUCGCAUUGGAAAACCUAAAGGGCCUCGAGAACCACCGCCUGAAUGGAUUCGAUAG